UGAACAUAUCAGGUAGUUAAACAAUAAUUUUAGAAUAUGUGAUUAUUGCUAAUUGCAUAUAUAUGAAUUCAAACCACAUGCCCAUAAAAGUGAUUUAACCAUGACUGUAAAAAAAAGUAAUAAAAAUAAAUAGAGGGAGUAUACCUAGACGACCAUUAUAAAGUUGUUAGAGCUACACUACCAAGUACCAACAUACCAUCAAUCAUUCUAGAAAAAACAUCAAAACAAAUGGAUUCACCCGUCUACGCCAAAGAAGAAACAAAAGAGCAUUUACUAGAAGCACAAGCUCAUAUAUGGAGUCAUGUUUUCUACUUUCUCAAAUCCAUGGCCUUAAAAUGUGCAAUUGAACUACGCAUUCCAGACACCAUUCAUAAACAUGGCAAACCAAUGACUCUUAAAGAGCUAGCCAACUCACUUCCUAUCCUCCCGAACAAAAUUACCUCUCUUUCGCGCUUAAUGCGCCUUCUUGUAUCUUCCAAAUUCUUCUCAAUAAAAACCUUACUCAACGGCGAAGAAGGAUUUGCUCUUACAUUGAGCUCCCAACUUCUAUUGAAAGAUCACCCUCUUUCGCAAGCUCCAUUUUCUCUUACAACGCUUUCUUUUCUAACGGAACAAUCUUCUCAUCUAAGCAAUUGGUUUCAAAGUGAGGUUGAGUAUGAAUCUCCCUACCAAAUAGCUCACGGAAGGAAGUUUUGGGAGCAUGCUCGCCAUGAACCGUUGUUGAGCGAGUAUUUUAACAGUGCUAUGGAAAGCGAUUCUCGAUUAGUUACAAGCCUAUUGGUGACAAAUAAACAAUUCAUGGGAUUACUUGACGGAGUGGAUACGUUGGUCGACGUUGGCGGCGGCAAUGGGACGACUGCUAAGGCCAUAUCCGAAGCCUAUCCAUCGAUGGUAUGUACUGUACUUGAGUUGCCACAUGUGGUUGACGGUUUACAAGGGAAUGAUAAUAAUGGCAACGUGAUUUACGUUGCUGGUAAUAUGUUUAUGAAGGUCCCUCUUGCUGAUGCUGUCUUGCUUAAGUGGAUUUUACAUGAUUGGAGCGACAAUGAAUGCAUUAAAAUACUAAAACAAUGCAAAGAGGCAAUUCCCAGCAAAAGUCAAGGAGGGAAGGUGAUUAUCAUUGAUAUUGUGGUGGAGCCCCAAAUUAAGAAUUCAAAGCAUUCAAAUGCCCAAGUUUUAUUUGACAUUGAGAUGAUGUCACUCUUUGGAGAAGGAAAAGAAAGAACUGAAGAAGAAUGUAAAAAACGUACUGUUUGUUAAAGCUGGUUUUGGUGAUUACAAGAUCCUUCCUAUACUAGGUUUGAGGUCUGUCAUUGUGCUUUAUCCUUUAUAAGUUGAUAACUCCGUCUAGUACUGACUCAAGAGAAAGACAUAUGUAUCGUAUUGUCAUUUCGACCGCAUGUACAUCAUGAUGGGAUGAUAUGAUACGAUACAAGAUCCUUUUAUUUUAGAAUUUCAAGUAUAGGUUUGUAUUCUUAAUCUAUUAUGUAUCCUUUUUCCAAAAAAAAAAAAAAAAAAAAAAAAAAAAAAAA